CCACACGAAACCCUAAUAAAUUGUACUGUGCGCGGCGCGAAGAAUUAAUAAGGGAGAGGCUUUGAGGAGUACGUGAAACUCGAGGAACUCUGUAUCUCGCGGGGAACUCGGUGAACAGGGUGUCACGGGAUUUGAAGUAGGUUUGAGGACCCAGUGAUGAAAUUGUAUUUCCUUCGAGGAAUCAUUGGUAGAGAUUGAUCGUCAAUUGAGAGUGACAGUGAAUAUUGUUCCGCGGAUUUUCAAGGAGCGAGUUGAUGAGAGAAUACACGGGAAGCAAUGAUGACGCGGGGAUUUCUUCUGUUUUCGGUGGCAGUCGUGCUACUAUCCUCGAUUAAUGUCGGUGCUGAGAAAGAUCUGAAAGAUGAUGCAGACUUUAACGACCGUAAAGAACAGCAUCAGACAACUGUCGCGUCCAUCAAGAUCAACGGCGAGGAGUUCAAGAACAGGACGGCGAAGAUUUUGCUUCGUUCCUCCAUCGUCAAUGGUAGUCGACAGAACGCUACUAGAGGACUUGCACUCCCGCUCAAUGCGGACAUUGCGAAAGUCAUAACCGAGGAUGUUAUAGAUGAUGAAGAGAUACCGGAGGAAUUACCAGAGGCACAAGAAUUAAAGAUCGUUCGACCAAAUUUAAGGAAACGUCCCACUUAUCGACCACCUCCACCGCGAAGACCGUCACUGACGAAUCGAAGAAAUGUUUACACAGAUUUGACGAGAUCAUCAGUGAUCAGACCACCAAGGCGACCAAUCGACCCGAAGAGAGAUCCCACCGAAAAAGAAUGCACUUUCUUCUCAAAGACAGUUUGCCUCGAAGCGGCAGAUUAUCCACACGAGGCAAUAACCAGAAGUUUACGAGGUAACAAAGAAAUGGUCGCAGCCUUGCUAACUGAUUACAAGUCGCAGGAUUUUGACGAUUCUGCCGAAAGUCUGCCAGUCUCUUUGCCCCUUGAAAACAAGUACUCGUAUGAGAGCAGAUACGAGAGCAAUGAAAUCAGGAGGAGAUCUGACACAAACUCACCGUUCGAAAAUGUCGAAGAAGGCUUCACCUGUCCAUCAGUCAUCAAAUAUGCGCGCCCGCAAUUGGCUAGAGCAGCUUCUGGAGUUUGGAAAUAUAUCAUAAACACUGGUGAACAUACGCAAACGUUGAGAUUGGAAAAGUGUUUGAAUGCGCAGUCGAGUUGUUCCUUCAUUUCCGAAAAUUACCGAUCGUCCUGCGUGCAAGUGUAUAAUUACCACAGACUAUUAACAUGGGACAGCAAACUUGGCCUCCACAUGGACAUUUUCAAGGUGCCGUCUUGCUGCAGCUGUCACGUCCACGGUUACUCCGACAUCUUUCCUCCCCAUCAAAAAGAUCCACCUCCGAAAACCAAGGAAAAGUUCCCUGGAUCUGAUUUCAUCACUAGCAGUGAUCAAAAAGAAGAUUACGAAGAUGUCUCCAAGCUGAACUAUUUGAACAAAUUUUCAGCCGCAUAUGAUACCUCCAUCGGAUCGAGCAAUAAGAAACCAUCAAUUGAGCCCACGCCAAGCCGACCAUCCAUCACUCUUCCCAUAAGACCUAGAUUAAAGAAGCCUUCACCUUCAAGUUCAAGGCCUUUUGACAAUAAGUUGCCACAGCAACACGCGCCGAACACAAGAGCACCGGGAUACACAGGUCCAUUGUUGAAAGGACCUAGACCAAACAGACCGAGCAGACCGCCGUACAGAAGAGAGUCCACGUCGCAUGCCGAUGAACAGACGGAAUCGUUGAACAAUAGUUCAAUUGUGAACAGGUUUAGUCAGCCGUACGACCUAGACGUCGACGCAUCGUCGCGGUUACAAAAUGGCGGCUUCGACGAAGAAUAUCAAGAAACGCAGAGGCGAGUUAACUACAAUUAUCAUCCGAUUAUAGACUUCUUUAGACCCGAGGCGUCGAUGUUACAGUCGGCUGAGACACAAUCAGCUCCCGUUCAAGACGAUUCUAACUCGUGGAAGCCGGUGAUUGCGUCCUAAGUGACAUUUCAUUUUCUUCGGAGUACCUGAUCGUAUCGUUCUAUUGUAAAAAUAUUAUAAUUAGAUGUAACGAAGCGUUUUCAUAUAUGUAGUAGAUUUAUUACUUUUUAUAUGUAUUUUUGUAGUUAAAUGUUAACUCAUAUUCUCUCGAUGAAAACUUCCUUUGUCCCUCGCUUUUAUUGUUAGAUCGUUCGAUGGAAGGCAUGGACAGUAUAGAAUUUGAUUGACAAAUUUGAAUACGUGGAAGUGAAUGAAUCUGAGAAUAAUGGUAGACUGCUCGGUUUAAUGGUAGCGAGCGUGUAAUGCCUGUAGAAGUAUUAUGAUC